AUGCCUACAGACCCUCUGGCUGCCCAGCGUCUGCGUCUGCUUACUAACGUGCAGGCCGCAUUUACUUCCAUUGACGACGGCUUGUUUAGUGCAUUGGGUCAUCGCACUCAGCCUGUAGCUGAUAAUACUGCAUCAGCGACAUGCUCUAAAGCUGAGACUGUUGGAACCACCACUACCGCUUCUGUCAGCAUUGCUAUUACAAACACAAAUCAGGUUACAGUUGAGGCCAAUUCACUUAAUUCUGAUGCAAGUUCUAAUGCUGGUACUAGUGCUUGUGUUGGUGCCAGUGCCGGAGGUGGUAGUGGGAGUGGAACUACGGCGAUUGGUUCUAUUUUUACAUCUGCUUCGACUAAUCUUUGUCCCUCUGGUGCGCCACCUAUGCCGCCAGACGAGUGGUUUGUGCCACCCGAGACCUCGAUAAUCGGUCUUCUUCUUGAUAAAGUUAGUCUUUUCUCUUUUAGCCGAUGUGAUAAGCUAUUUUUUCACAUAUCUUAA